CGCGCGCACAGGUGAUCCACACACACAGCGCGAGGCUUGGCUGCGCGGCGGAGGAGACGCACCAUGGGAAAAGUGCAGGAGUUUGAGAUCACAUUUGACAAAAGUAAAGUGGUUUACAGCCCUGGAGAGUCCAUCUCUGGAACGGUGAGGAUCAAAGUGGGCCAGGCGCUUCAGUGUAAAGCCAUCAAGGUGAACUGUAAUGGCUUCUGUGGCAUCACCAGUAAAGCCAAUGACACUGCAUGGACGGUGGAGGAGCAGUACUUCAACAGCACCAUCUCAGUCGCAGAUAAAGGAACCCUGAAGCUGGGAGAACACACUUUUCCCUUCAAGUUUCUCAUACCAGCCACUGCUCCAACCUCUUUUGAAGGUAACUAUGGUAAGAUAGUGUACCGAGUAAGAGCUUUCAUUGACACGCCACGAUUCUCCAAAGACUACAAUGUGGAGAAACCGUUCUACCUGCUGUGUCUCCUCAACCUGAAUGAAGUGCCAGACAUAUGGGGUACGAGUUCAUCUGCUGUGACCCAACAGUUCACCUACAUGUUGGUGAAAACAGGCACGGUCGUCCUCAAAGCCCAGACCGACAUGAGGGGCUACACACCGGGUCAGAUCAUCCAGGUGACGGCAAAGAUCCACAACCAGUCUGGGAAGAGCACAGGCAACAUGGUGGCCAGUCUGAUGCAGAGAGUGACCUACGAGACAAAGAGGCCCACUCAUGACUUGAGGACGAUAGCGGAGGUGGAGGGUGGGGUGGUGAAGGCUGGUAAAGAGGUGGAGUGGAAGGAGCAGAUCAUCGUCCCUCCUCUUCCUCAGUCGUGCCUCUCUGGGUGUGAGCUCAUAAAGAUCGAAUAUUAUGUCAAAGUCAGUCUGAAGUCUCCAGACGUCAUGUUAACGUUACCCAUCCACAUCGGAAACGUCUCACUGGAUAAAAAACUCCAACCGUCCAUAAAAGCCACUCCCCCCACGCCCCAACCCGCUGAGCUGACCCCUCCCUCAGCCUCAGCCCCUGAUGCCGCUGCUCCAGCCACCACCCCCACCAUGCUCCCUCGCCCCGCUCCCAAACCCGCCCCCCGUCCAGCCCCUCGCUCCCGGAUGUCAUCGUCUGGGAAUUCCCCCAGCGCUCCACCGGCAGAGUUCCACCAGGGGGCCGAGGGCGGGGUUGACGACGCCUACCCCAACAAGCGCCAGUCUCAGCUGGUGUCGCCCAAUGCCUUCAGCUACGCACCCGGGCUCUUUUUCUCCCAGAACCAAAACCACAACGGUCCCGGUCCUGGUCCUGGUCCCGGUCCCAGUCCAGGUCCUGGUCCCAGCUCCGGAGGGGCCACUGCACCUUAUCCCACUGAUAACAGAGCCAGCACGAUGCCGACCCCACUCAUCCUGCCUCCAGACUACGGCAACUCCUCAUAUCCACAAGAAGCUCCACCUUCUUAUGACGAGAGCUGCAACACAUGAGCUGAAAGGAGAACGAGGAAACACCCACCGGAACGAGCAUCAAUUCACCCCUGAUGUCAAGCAAAAAUGUUGAAGUAAAACCAUAAAUCGUGACCCACGUCGAUUCAUUUCUGAAGGGUCACAGACUGAGUCGGCGCGAGGGUAAUUUACUGUAAAUUCUGCAUCAUUUUUGGUUUGAGAUGGAAGUGAAUCGACUCCAAACAUGAAACUGGUGUCGUUUUCUGAUCAACUGACCAGCCAAUCAACACUGUCUUUGCAAAACACUUUUUUUUUAGUAAAUACUGUUCGCACUUUCAGUGAAGGGGUGAUUUGAUUUGCUGUUGUAUGUACAGUAACAGGAGUCGUGUUUUUAGUCAUGGGAUGUGUAAACAAAACCCAACAAUGGCAUCUGUGAUGUCAAGAAAACCUGCACAGGAAAAUCAAACCAUCUCUUAUAAAGUACGUUUUUUAAUACUCUUUAAAUCUGCAGAAUUUUACUGGUAACGGCCCUGUGGCAUUUUAUUUUUUAACUGCAGUUUUUUUUAUUUUUCAAUUUUAUAAUGACUUGAACAAUCCAGAUAUUGAAAGUUCUAUACAUAAUACUUUGUAAAGAAACAAAUACAUAAUCAGUUACAAUUGUGAUGAUUUCCUUAUGGGGAUAAUGAUAAAUGUGUGUUUUUACCAGACAUCCCAUCCAUAUGUGUCAUUUUUUUAAUCACUACAGCAACACCUUUAAUUUUACAUUUUAUUUGGCUUUUCUCCAGGUAUGUUCGUUGUUUAUCUUUUAAUAGUUAGUGAUUCUUUUGUUCAUUUGUUUGAUCAAGUUUAAUCUGUCAAAUAUGCAGAAACACAACCAGCAUUGUAUUUAUUUAUUGUUCUGAAUGUUCCUGAACUGUUUUCUGGUUUCCAAUAAAAACACCCAGAUUUC